AUGUUUGAUUAUCUUCCACUUUAUCUCCUCGAUUUUUGCCUAUUUUUGCCCACAAUUUUCUGGAUUUUGACUUUUUGUAGUUCAAAAGCAGAUGAUGAUGAUUACUCAUAUUAUUCUGGAUCUGAAAAAUAUUCGGAUUCUUAUGAAUUUGAAACUGAUACUGAAGAUGAUGAAGAUGAAGAUGAAGAUGAAGAUGAUUUUGAGGUGAAUAAUGAGAUUGUUUUGGUGACACCAUCGACUUCGAAAUCGAAAUCGAAUUCAAAAUCAAAAUCGGGAACAAGAUCAACUAAAAGUGAUGAUUUUUUGGUGUAAGUUGGGGUUUUUUUCGAGUCAUAAGAUCUCCAGUUCAUUUUUUCCCAGAGGAGCUCCACCGCCACAUAUUCCAAUUUACGAUGCUUCACAUGACGAUGGAAAUUCAUUGAUGGACAUCGAAUCGAUCAAAUCCGAAAAACCAGCGACUAAGAAACCUUCGAAAAUCAUGAAAACCAAGUUGGAUUCCAAAAAACAGAAAAUAGAGAAGCCUAGUAAAAUAGAGAAGGCUAAACCGAUAAUUUCAUCGAAAAAAUUGAAAUAA